GUGAUGGCCGCGGGGUGAGAGAGGAGCUGCCGAGGAGGUGUUGUGUCAGUGUGCCUCCCAGGGUGUCAUGCCGCUGUGCCGGUGCCCCGCGCGGCGAUGAGCGGCCAUAAUGCUCCCGCCCCGCCCCUGCACCGCCCCGCUGCUCCUCGCCCUCGCCGCCCUGGCCAUAGGCUACCCCGAGCUGCUCUUUGCAAAUCGGAAGGACAUUCGGAUUAUUGAGGUCGGCAAGGAACGGCACCAGGUGAUUGUAAAGGAUGUCACGGAUGCAGCCUGCGUGGACUACUACUACGAGGGCCAGUUGGUGUGCUGGACGGAUAUCGACAAUGAGCUCAUCAAGUGUGUCCAGGUCAACACUACACAGGGAGCCAAGGACCACAAGGAGGUGACAGUCAUUUCCCGGGGCAUUGUGUCACCGGAUGGCCUGGCGGUGGACUGGCUGGGCCGCAAGCUGUACUGGACCGACUCCGACACCAACAAAGUGGAGGUGGCGGGCCUGUACAGCGGCCUGCGUCGGGUGUUGUACUGGCAAGACCUGGACCAGCCCCGGGCCAUCGCGCUGGUGCCGUCAGAAGGGCUAAUGUUCUGGACCGACUGGGGCGAGAACCCUAAGAUAGAGCGGGCGGGCAUGAACGGCGACUCUGCCACGCGCGUCGUCAUCGUAAAGGACGAGAUAUUCUGGCCCAACGGACUCACCAUCGACACCCAGCGCCGCGUCAUCUACUGGGCCGAUGCAAAGUUCUCCUACAUUGCCUCCGUGGACUUUGAUGGCCGCAGUAGGAAGGAGGUAGUACAGGGGAAACUGCCACACCCCUUCGCCCUCACAUACUUCAACCACACACUGUACUGGACGGACUGGGAGACGCGCGCCAUCCACUACUGCACCAUUGAUGAGGGGAGGAGCUGCAAGGAACAACACCAGAUAGGGGCGGGCCUGUCACCCAUGUACCUCCAUGUCUACGACCCAGCCCAGCAGCCCCAUGUCCACACCCCAUGCCAGAAGAACAAUGGGGGGUGUAGCCAUCUCUGCCUGGCCGCCCCGCCACCCAAAAACUACUCCUGCGCGUGUCCGACCGGUGUGAAGCUGUUGGAUCAGUUUAAUUGUUCAGAUGGCCCAGAGGAGAUGCUGAUUCUGGCGCGGAGGACGGAUCUGCGACGCAUCUCCCUUGACACCCCAGACCACACCGCUGUCGUCAUCCCUAUGUCUGGGGUGAAGCAUGCCAUCGCUGUGGACUAUGACCCCAUUGACGGAUUUAUAUACUGGACGGAUGAUGAGGUGGAGUGCAUCCAGCGGUCGCGUCUUGACGGCUCGGGGCAGGAGGUGGUGGUGUCGACGGAAGUGCUGAACCCGGACGGCGUGGCGGUGGACUGGAUCGCACGGAACCUCUACUGGACGGACACUGGACCGGACCGCAUUGAGGUGGCCAGGCUGAACGGGACAUCCAGGAAGAUCCUCAUCACCGACAACCUGGAUGAACCGAGAGCCAUUGCUAUAGACCCGGAUGGCGGCCUCAUGUUCUGGACGGACUGGGGCGUUCAUCCGAAGAUUGAGAGGGCAGCGCUGGAUGGCACGGAGAGGCAGCUGGUCAUCGGCACGGACCUGGCCUGGCCGAACGGUGUGGUCAUUGAUGUGGAGCUGAGCCGCAUCUUCUGGUGUGACGCGAAGAUGGACGUGAUUGAGAGCUCCUCCCUGGAUGGUUCAGACAGGCGGGUGGUCCUCAGAGACUACCUCCCUCAUGUGUUUGGCCUCUCCCUGCUGGGCGACCACAUCUACUGGACCGACUGGCAAAGACGCAGCAUCGAGAGGGUCAACAAACUCACAGGUGAAGGGCGCAAGGUCAUAGUGGAGCAGCUGCCAGACUUGAUGGGGCUGAAGGCCGUGAGCUCCAAGCAGGGGGGCGGCUCCCACAACCCCUGCCGCGAGGACAAUGGCGGCUGCUCACACCUCUGCCUCAACCGCCCUAAUAACUACACCUGCGGAUGCCCCAUAGGCUAUGACCUCACCCAGGACGGCCGCCAGUGUGUGGUUCCCGAGGCGUUCCUGCUCUACACACGCAAGGAGGAUAUUCGGCGCAUCUCCCUCCUCACGAGCCACAACGACCCCAUUCCCGUCACUGGCAUACAGGAGGCUAUGGCCAUCGACUUUGACAGCAUCGACAACCGGCUGUACUGGACCGACAUCAGCGUCAAGUCCAUCUCCCGCGCCUUCAUGAAUGGGUCGCAGAUGGAGCGCGUGGUGGAGUUCGGCCUGGCGUACCCCGAAGGGAUGGCGGUCGACUGGCUGGCUCGGAACAUCUACUGGGCGGACAUGGGGAAUAACAGGAUUGAGGUGGCGCGGCUGGACGGCAGUUCCCGGCGUGUGUUACUGUGGCAGAACAUCGCCAGCCCCAAGUCCCUCGCCCUAGACCCCAGCCAGGGAUACAUGUAUUGGUCUGAGUGGCGUGAGGAGCAGCCCAGCAUCUCCUACGCCCACCUGGAUGCUGCCAACCCCACCGUCAUCAUCACCAAGAUGGGCCGCGGGAACGGACUCACCAUCGACUUCAAGGACAACCGACUCUACUGGACUGACAUUGACAACUUAAUGAUCGAAAGCAGCGACCUCAGCGGCUACAACAGAGAGGUCAUCGUCCGCAACCUGCCACAACCGUAUGGGCUGACCCUGUACGAGGACUAUGUCUACUGGGCGGACUGGAAGACAGGGACGAUUGAGAGAGCCAACAAGGCCAGAGGAGAGAACAGGACUAGGAUACAGAGCCAAUUGGACUUCAUCAUGGACAUCCUGGUCUUCCACUCCUCGCGGCAGAGUGGACGGAACCCCUGCUCAGAGGACAAUGGCGGCUGCUCACACCUCUGCCUGGCCAUCCCUCACCUGCCCAAUGCUACCCAGAACUACACCUGUGCCUGCCCCACCCACUACACUCUGGAUGCGGAUGGGCGGACCUGCCGACCGCCAUCCUCGUUCCUCCUGUUCAGCCAGAAGAUGGAGGUGAGCAGACUCGUAGAAGAGGGAGGUGAGUGCCCAACCCUCAUCCUCUCCAUACACAACAUGCGAAACGUACGGGCGAUAGACUAUGACCCGCUAGAGGAGAUGGUGUACUGGGUGGAGGGGCGAGGUCACACCAUACGCAGGGCACACCAAAACGGGUCACACGGCCAGCUGUUUGUGACCAAUGAUAUGGAGAAGAUUUACCCCUAUGACCUGGCGCUUGAUCCCUUCUCCAGGCUGCUCCUGUGGUCCUGUGCCCGAAGUAAUGUUAUCAAUGCCACGAGGUUGGAUAGAACACAGCUGGGCGGGAUCAUUGGACAGGGCGGACAGGACCAACCCAGAGCCCUCGCCGUCCACCCCGUCCUGGGCCUGCUCUUCUUCAUCAACAUGGUCUCCCCGCCCCGGAUAGAGAGGUCGGGGCUGGAUGGGCGGGGCAGGCAGGUGGUGGUCGGAGAGGGGCUCACCACACCCACCGCCCUCACUGUGGAUGUGGAGGAUGAUUUUAUCUUCUGGGCGGACACGGCGACCAAGAGGAUUGAAACUGCAACGCUGACUGGCGAGGAUCGGAAGGUGCUGGUUGACGAGGGCUUGAGCCUUCCGACGGGCCUCUCAGUCCACGGGUCGUACCUCUACUGGGUGGACCGGGAGCUGACCCACAUCGCAAGGGUGGACAAGUUUACCGGGCAGGGACGCGAGGUGAUACAGGGGCGGAUAUCACACCUGUCGGAUAUCAUUGCCGUCACACCCUUCCUCUCACAGCGUAUGCGCGUGCAUCCCUGCCACAACGGGAGUGAGUGCAGCCACCUGUGUCUGGAGAGGGAUGGGCGGCAGGUGUGCUCGUGUCCAGCUGGCAGGGCGCUCGCUGAUGACCUCAAGACCUGCAUCCUGCCCCCCUCAUGCAAGCCCCAGGAGUUCAGGUGCCACUCAGGGUCCGUUGGCUGUAUCCCCAUCAAGUGGAGGUGUGACGGACAGACUGAGUGUGCGGACAAGAGUGAUGAGCUGAACUGCCCUCUCCUCCCACUCUGCCAGCCCUCUCAGUUCAGAUGCCUCGACAGCCAGUGCAUCGACAAGGCGUGGGUGUGCGACGGGGAGCGGCAGUGUAGCGACGGCAGUGACGAGGUGGGCUGCUGCGGGGCGGGGCAGGUGCUGUGCGUGUCGUCAGGGAGCUGCGUGGACACGGCCGCCCACUGCUCCGGGUCCGCCCACCGCCCCUGCCCCGACGCCCCGGACCUGACGCUGUGCUCCACAUGGGUCACUGCUCCGCCCGAGGCCUCCGAGGGUGGCGGGGGCCGUGCGCCGUACAUCGUGGGUGUGGUGGCCAGCGUGGUGGUGCUGGUGUGUGUGGCGGCGCUGCUGCUCUACUACCGCCGCCGCCCCGCCCUGCUGGACGACCACGAGCUGGAGCCCCACCCCAAGCCUGGCCCAGCCCACCCCACCGCUGCCCCGCCGCCGGGACACCAUAGGCAGUACAGGCUUGUCAUGACCUCCUGGGGCAAGUCCUAUGCCCCAGUGGGCGGCCCCGGGGAGACUGCUGCCGGGGACCCCCGCCCCCCCAUGGCUGGGGCGGCCCCCGGGCAGGGCGUGUGUCGGGGCGUGUUGGCGGGCGGGGGUGCAGGGCGGGGGAUGUAUGAGGCUGCCCCGGCCACUGGCGCCUCCUCCUCAUCCUCCUCCAUGACCCACUACCCCCGGGAGACCCUCAACCCGCCCCCCACCCCCGUGGCGGAGGGGCGGGGGGGCGGCCGCUGCCCCGAGCCCCACUGCUGCUACAACCCCCACCACCAUGCACCCCCCUCCACCCUGCAUUCCUACCGCCACUACAAGACCCGGAACCGCCCACCUCCCCCCACGCCCUGCUCCACCGACGUGUGCGACUCCGACGUGUACUCCUCCGCCCUCUCCCCCCGCGGCGCCCCCCGCUGCUACACGCCCCCCUCGCCCCCCACCCACUACCACUCCUCGCCCCUCAUGACAGACUACGACUCUGACCCCCACCCACCGCCCCCCACCCCCCAGAUGCCCUACAUGUGUGAGCUGACCUCCUGCCCCCCCACCUCUUGCCCCCCGUCACCCUCCACGGAGCGAUCCUACUGCACCCGCGCCCCCUGCCCCCCGCCCCCCUCACCCAUCGCCUCAGACUAGCCAGCCAGCCCCCCCCUCCCCUCACCCAUGG